GGCGGAAGUGACAGUAGAGGGGAGGGUAAACCUACACAGAGAUUCUUCCGCCAUUUAAGCGACACAGUUAGUAAUAACGGUUUCGUACUAUUUCGUUCACGCUUGGCCGCAAACAUGCCUACUGUUGACAACCUGACGAUCAUUUACGACGCGCUCAACGAGUACGAAACGUUUUCGCCCGGAGACACGAUAACGGGAAAAGUCGUACUGGUCCUGUCGAAGGACAUCAAAGCGCAAAGUCUGUAUAUUAAAGCCAAAGGGGACGCUAAUGUGCGGUGGACGAGAAAGUCCGGAGACAAAACUUAUACAUACCAUGCACACAGGAGAUACUUCAAACUGAAGCAGUUUUUAACUCCAGAGUCUUCGGCGGAAACUGACAUUUCUCAAGGGAGCCAUGUCUACCCCUUCAGAUUUACCAUACCAUCACAAGAUAUGCCGCCAUCCUUCAGGGCAGCUCACGGAUCCAUCAUUUACAAGCUGGAGGCUGUACUGUCCAGGAGCUGGAGGAUGGACCACAACGUAUCAAAAGAGUUAAAAUUCGCCUCAAAGUUUGUUUCAAACCUACAAUCCCUGAUGGCUCCUCAAGUUGGUUCCACAAAAAAAGAGAUGGGGCUCUUCUCAAAAGGACAUGUACACAUGGACGUCACUAUUAACAAGAGAGCCUAUGCUCCAGGUGAAACCGUGAUGAUUGCUGCAAAAGUCAACAAUUCCUCAUCCAGUGACAUGACGGCCAAAUACAGUCUGACCCGGAGUUUGGUGUACCGCGCCAACACAAGUACCAAACAUGAGAGUUACGUUGUCCACAAAAUGGUGGACGACAAGAGUAUCAAACCCCAAACACAGACUGAGGUACAGUGUACCAUGAAGAUUCCCGAUGGUGAGAUGCCGACGAUCCAGAAUUGUGAGAUCAUCUCAGUGGAAUACCAAAUAAAGGUCUACCUGGAUAUCAGUUUUGCAUCCGAUCCACAGGUUGUUUUCCCAGUGGUCAUUAUUCCUCCUCUUCUUAUUUCUGGCCAUGAAUCUGGUGGAGCUGUGGGUCCCUAUCCAGCUGGAGCUAUCGGUGGCCCUAGUAACAGCGACUUCCCUCCCCAAGCUGUGGGUUCGUAUCCUUCACCCUUCCACUCAGGACUUCAAAGCCAUCCAGCUCCAGGACCUGCAUACCCACCUGUUAUGUACCCAGCACUGCCGCCACACAUAGCUGGAGGCUACAAUAACCCAAUGCCACAGCAGCAUGGUCCCUAUGCGUCUCCGUUUUCAUCUUCAUCCUCCACCGCUGUUCUUCACCCACCGCCUUCUGUCCCGACAUUUCAUCCACCCCCGUCCGCCCCAGAGGUCAAUCCACAGCUUCCUCCAUCUUACGACAUGUCCACAAAUGCUCCACCCACUCACAACUUGCCUCCUUCUGCGCCAAUGAUGAACGUGGACUUCUUGUCUCAGUCCGACGAAGCUCCUCCAGCAUAUAACUUCCUUUUCCCACCAUUUGCGCCUGAAAACUCCAAUUCAAAAUGAGAGCCUUGUGACUGAAUCUGUUAAUCAAUUACUGGGUAAUAAUGUGUAAUCAAAGUUUUAGUACUAUUUGAUUACACAUUAAUCAUGGCCUUAUAUCAAACUCAGGAGGGGGCCAGCAUAAAAACAACUGAUCAGUAGGGGAGUGGGCAACUUGACCUUAAAAUAAUCACACAAUAUUCCAUUGUGAUAUUGCAGUCACUAAAAUUAUGAUUAUUUCACAGAAUUUCAGAGUAACAUAGUUUGUUUUGAUACUGCAUGACGUAUAGUUUGAAACAAAUACAUACAAAGAGGAACAACUUUAAUUAAGCAUCUACGCAAGUUAUAAUUACUUGUAUGUGUUAAAUAUAAUCAAAUGUAGUAUUAUCAUUAUUAUUAUUAUUAUGAGAAAACCUGUCAACAUUCUGUCGCCUCACUGGCAGUUUAAAAGGAGGAGGGAGGAGGUCGCCGACCUGCCAUGUUUUCAUUAGAACAUGAUAUUAAGUGGUGGGUCAUGUGAGAUUCGUUAAAAUUAUUUUUUUUUUUGGCAUUUCAUUAGCCAGUGCCUACUACAUAGUGAGGUGCUUAGGUGCCUUCCGCCUCCUUUCAGUCGGGAACGGUGUUUUGUCAUUUGCCGAAAACACCCCGAGGUUUACCACAGACUUGUCUGACCGCCUUGUGUGAAAUUGAAUGAUUGUUCACAGUGCCUCUGUGCUUGAAAAUCCUCUGAAAACUAUUUGUGCCACAGGACAUGGCUGAAUCUUUAUGCAAAUCUUAACUGAUGGUACUAAAAUCACUAAGAAGCUCUGGUAAUAAUUACUUUAUCUCACCUCUAUGUAAAACUAAUCCCAUCCAAAUAUGGCUUUAACGGUAAUUUCACUGGAAAUGCAGUUGUGUUCAGUCAUAAGUGUUUGCAUGUAAGCAGCUAUAAAAGGAAGAAGGAUGUAUGUGAUUUUAUUGUGAGAUACAGAUUUGUUUGUUUUUUUAACGUGCCUUGUUCAAGUUUAGUUUUCUAGACUGAUCCCUUACCUCAUUUUUCUGCACUGUGACUACUUAAAGAUGAUCAAACUCAAAUCUCCUUUUCACUGAAACAUUGAGUUUAAUCAGAGACUGUUAUUGUUUUUAGUCUAAGGGUGCUUUUUCGUGGACACAACAUUCGCCUGGUGGACAAAUUCUACAGAGGAAAACUGGUGACAGAAGCCUCAUGUAUUUAGACAUCCAUUUAGGAGUUUUAGACUGGAGAAACCAUCACUUCCUCUGUUGAGUGAACUAAGACACCAACUAUCAGCCACCUACAAUGCUGUCCUGAGCGCUCCUCCAAAAAGAAUCAACAAGCAAAUGCAUAACAACAACAGUGAAGUCCAACAGCCACACAAUAGUAGAGUCUGUCUCAGGUGACCCACAGAGGCUUGCUGCGUGAAUGGGUCUGCCAUCUCUGAUAGCCUUGUUUAUUUUCUGUCAUUACGCGAUAUUUGGCAAUCUGGAUUAUUUAUAUAAUAUUUUGUUAUAUAUUUGUUUUUAUCUUUGCAAGAAAUCUAAUUCAUCUAAUCUUUCCCGUCUUGAAUGUGAUGUCACAAAUUAUACAUUACUAUAAAUUAUACACUUAUUAACAGACCGGUGAUAUUGUGUUCCCUCAGGUCUUUAUACAGUAUGUCUGAAAAAUGCUACAUAAAUAAAGACGAAACACUGAAAGAUUGA